AUGGCAUCAAAACUGACUCAAUAUCAAAGGCAUCGUAUGGCUGAAAAUUAUUUGGUCAUCUGGGUCGAUGAAAAUAUCGACAUGGCAAAUCAAGAUUGCCAAAAUACAAUGGAACAAUUACGUGCUGUCGUCAAUCAAGUUAAGCCAUGUAUGACAGCUGAACAAUGUAUACAACAGCUCACAGAAAAUCAAGAGGAGAUCUCAUUUGUUAUCUCCUCAGGUGCACUUGGACAACAUUUAGUGCCGGACAUUCAUGAUAUGGCAAAAUUAAAUGCCAUUUUUAUAUUUUGUGGCAAUAAACAACGGCAUCAAGUAUGGGCGCAAAAUUGGCCGAAAAUUAAAGGUGUUCACACCUCAAUCAAACAUAUUUGUGACAAAUUGGCAACAACAAUCAAACAAUGCAAUCAAGAUCACAUGUCGGAAAUACUCCUUGAAAUUGAACAUGAACAACAAGCCGUCCAAGAUUUGGUCACGUACUGCCAAGAACAAUAUCAAGGCAAUAAGAAUGAAAUGAAAAUUAUCCAAGAAUUUCAACAUACUUAUCAAGCAUCCAAUGCCAUUUGGUGCACAAAUUCAGAUGUCUCCCUCGUUUUCGCUAAAGAAGCCUUGAAAAUGACUGAUAUGGUUGGAAUUCUAUUCCAAAUAACCAUUGAUCCUACAGCAUCUUCAACUCCAUUCGCCUCCAUUCGAGAGGUGAGCUAUUAUAAGGAAGAAGAGGAAAUUCUCUUCACCAUGCACACCAUCUUUCGUAUUGGUGAAGUGCGAAAACUUGACAACAAUCGUGCACUUUAUCACGUGGAUCUAAGACUUACGUCAGAUGAUGAUCGACAACUUCGUGAAUUAACUGACUUUAUACGAAAAGAGGUCAGCGGCACUGGAUGGCGUCGAAUGGGUAAAUUGUUACUACAAAUAGGUCAAUUCGACAAGGCCGAAGAACUAUAUAUGGCACUACUAGAACAGGCAUCGAAUGAUAGUGAUAGAGCAGAUAUUUAUUAUCAGCUUGGAUGGGUGAAAAACGACCAAGGACAAUACGAAGAGGCAGUUGCAUUUUACGAACAAUCUCUGAAAAUCGAGCAGAAAACUCUUCCGAAAGAUGAUCCUUCAUUAGCUCCUACGUACAAUAAUAUUGCUCUAGUGUAUAACAAUAUGGGUGACUACUCGAAAGCACUUGAAUUUUACGAAAAAUCACAUAAAAUCUACGAAAAAGCUCUGCCUUCGAAUCAUCCUGAUUUGGCUACUUCAUACAGCAACAUCGGUCAAGUGUAUAAUAACAUGGGUGACUACUCGAAAGCACUUGAAUUUUACGAAAAAUCACUUGAAAUACGAGAAAAAGCUCUGCCUUCGAAUCAUCCUGAUUUGGCUGUUAGCCACUUGAAUUUUGCAGCAUGUUACGAAAAAAUGGGUGAUUAUACAACAGCUCUUAAAGCCCUUAAAAAUGCUUAUCAAAUUCAGCAAAAAGCUUUUGAAGAAGGUAAUCCAGCUUUUGCUUCAACAUACGGCUGGUUUGGAAGAGUUUAUCGCAGUAUGAAAGAUUAUUCAAAAGCACUUGAGAAUUUCGAAAAAUGUUUCUCAAUACGUCGAAAAACUUUACCUGAAAAUCAUCCGUAUCUAGCUAUUACAUAUAGUAAUAUUGGUGAUGUUCAUCGUUUAGUGGGUGAUUGUGAGAUGGCAAUUUCAUUUCAUCGAAAAGCAUUAAAUAUUCAAGAAAAUGUUCAAUGUAAUCCUCUCGAAUGUGCAACGACAUAUAUAAAUUUAGGUGAAACAUAUCGUCAAAUGAAAGAUUAUACAACGGCAUUGACAUAUUAUCAAAAAGGAUUAGAAAUACGUGAAAAGAAACUACCAAAAAAUCAUCCUGAUUUAGCUGUAGUAUAUCACAAUUUGGCAAAAUUAUAUUCAUCUACUCGACAAUAUAAUAUGGCAAUGAAAAAUGUUCAACAAGCCGUAGAAAUUGCUCAAGAAAAAUUACCUUCAAAUCAUCCUCAUAUAUUGGAAUAUAAAGAAACAUUUGAAAAAAUUCGAAAGAAAAUGUAA